CGCGAGAGAACAAAGAAGAGAUAACUUACUUUUCGGUCACGAUAAGUUCCAUUUCUAUUGUCGGAGAGACAAAGGCAUGUGCUUCCUGAGAGAGGCGAUAACGCAACGAGAGCAGUCAUCAGUUCUCAGAGAUUUACGAGAUUCAGAGAUUCUAUGAGUUUUUUGUUGACCUACCGACCCCCACCUCCAGCGGUUGUUCGGUUGCACAACCCUUUCCACAUUACAGUUUUUUUUUACUCUGUUCAUCUUUGUGGUCGCAGUAGGAAGUAAGUAUACUAGCUCUUUUCUUGUCGACUAAUCGAAACGGAAAAGUUCUUACAAGUAAGCACUUAGUUAUAUCUUCAAACAUAGUACACUGUCACUGACAUUUUUUCAUAUACUAAAAAGCCGAUUACGUAUACGCUGUAGCUCAACAAAGAACUUUGGAACUGAAAAAUACAAAAAAUCUAAGAACAGGUCCUCUUUUUUUCUUAGUCCUAGGAAGUCGUAUAUUUUUUCAAUCCGUCAUUUCGGGAUUCAGAAUCGCUAAGUAAAGUAAUCAACCAUAAGCAUAAAAGAACAAAAUGUUGCGUAAGUCCGCGCAGUGUUUCGGAAAGAAAUUCGACUGUGUGAUCGUCGGAGGCGGUCCUGGAGGUUACGUAGCAGCUAUCAAAGCAGCCCAAUUAGGACUCAAUACAGCAUGUGUUGAGAAGAGAGGAACGCUUGGAGGUAAGGGAAACUACUUUCACGUUCACUUUGUUGGACUUGGAAGUUGAAGUCAGCAUAAUAGUUCUUUCGCAUCGCGAUUUUGACUUUUUCAAAUUUUCUCUACUUUAGAUUAUUCUUUGACGGUUGUAAUUGUAGCUUUUUCUGGUGUUGCGGUAGGCGUAGGUUGUCCCCUUGUUUGUUUUCAUAUCGAGUUCAAAGUGUCUUCCCUAUCCCUUCCCUACCAACAAGAACAUCCAGGCACCUGCCUGAACGUCGGUUGUAUACCGAGUAAGGCGCUCCUGCACGCAUCCCAUCAGUACCAUGAUGCUUUGCACUCUUUUAAGAAGAACGGGAUCAACAUCGAUGGGAAUAUCACAGUCGACGUGCCAACGAUGAUGAAGCAGAAGAAAAAGAACGUCAACGGCCUAACGAAGGGAAUCAAGGGAUUGUUUAAAGCGAAUAAGGUAAUUGUAUUAUGAUUUUCCUCCUGGAUAAGCCGCAUGCUUAGUUACGUUCUUGAGAACUUAAGAAGACGAACAGAGCGAGCCUGUCCUUGGUAGCCUCAGUAUGUCUAAAAGCAGGAGAAGUGAAAAGAAUAGCACUACUUUCUCUGACAAAUACACAGCUCUUGAUCUGGUACCAUUUUCAUUUUCAUUUCUCAAACAAACAACAGGUCACCGACUAUGAUGGCUUUGGUUUUUUCGAAAACAAAAACACUAUCGUUAUCAAAGACGCCGCUGGCAAUGCAAAAGAGACCAUCGAGGCCGAUAACAUCAUUUAAGGCUUGGUAUAGUACAUUUCCAACUACGUACUUGGGAUCAUUCUGGGAUCAUUGUAGCAUUUAUUUCCUUCUCGGGAUCAUUCUGAAGAAAUGAACUGGCCGAGAAGUGAAACAAAGGGGAUUCAUUUUCAUACAUAGGAGCUCUACUAACUUUGGCCUGUGGCCGGCCUCUGGCCUCUUCUAAAUCAUUGUCGCCGUAGGGUCGGAGGUUGCGGGCUUGCCAGGUUUCCCUAAGGAGCUGAUCGACGAAAAGGACAUCGUCUCAAGUACGGGAGCUUUGGAUUUCCAGUCAGUGCCGAAGACCAUGACAGUAGUUGGUGGAGGUGUCAUCGGUUUGGAACUUGGUUCCGUAUGGAGCAGACUGGGGGCGAAGGUACUAUACAACUCCUUGUUCAGAACAAGGUUUAAACUUCUGUUCUACAAGGUUGUACAAAUAGUCUACAGUGAAGAAAACCUCUUGUGCUAUUCAGCACGAUCAAAGCGAGUUGUGGAUCUCAUCAUGAGAAGACAUGAGAAAAAAGGCAAAGAAGGCAAAAAGGAAGAAAAGAAGGAGAAGAAAUAGCCCCUCUCAAUUUUAGAUCAACCUCUUGUCAAGCACAUCAAUCAAUCAAUCAAACCUCUUGUAUUCAUAUUCAACUGCCUGUAAAGGGAAAGGGGUAAAUCUACUUCGUUGAACAACCUAUUAUGUUUCAUUUAACGAAAUAGUAGAUUUACCCCUUUAGUGUCAACGACUACAUCUUCAAUGUCAUCAUUUCUUCUUCAUAUUAAGUAGUCCUUCCCCACACACUCACACCCAAUCGGACACCCCAGGUCCACGUCGUGGAAUUUUUGCAGAAAAUCAUGGGUCCAGCUGACAAUGGAAUUUCCAGCGACUUCCAGAAGAUCCUCCAGAAACAGGGAUUGACUUUUGACCUCAACUCCCGAGUGAUCGACGUCCAGAAGGGUGCGCCUGGAGGUGUUAAGAUCGUGUGGGAACACAAUGAAACGAAAGAAAAAACCGAGACCGUUAGUGAGAAGGUAAUUGUUUUUUAGGCAAGAAGUAAGUAUUUGAAAUAAAAACAGCAACUCCUUCUAUACACAGGAAGUGCUUUCCAUAAUACACAACAAGAGCAAGAACGCAUCUUCUAUUAAAACCUCAACAUAUCCACUGUGAACAUCAUGAAGGUCUUGAUCUCCACCGGUCGCAUCCCUAACACCGCUGGUUGCGGCAUCGAGAAUCUUGGCAUUUCUCUAGACAAAGCAGGAAGAAUUCCAGUCGAUGGCCAUUUGAUUACUGAAGGGGCCGACCACGUCUAUGCUAUUGGAGACUGCAUUGCUGGUCCUAUGCUCGCGCACAAAGCCGAAGAAGAUGGCGUGUACGUUUAUGAGAAGGAGGAGUAAAAACGCUGAUUAGUCUAAUCAGAUUAGAGAAGUGAGUAGAAUCACUCAAAGGCCUCAAUUGUGUUUCUGUAGUCAAUCCACUUGGAAGAAAGAAGCUUUUCACCAAGGCCGAUAGAACUUAUAAGUUCGUGCAUAUUUAUUUUUUGAGCUUAUGCGCCUUUUCUACGCAUGAGGUAAGGUGUUCCGGGCGAUCUUCAUUAUGUCAACAGUCCCAGCACGUGGCUUUUUUUGAAAACCCAACCAAAAGUUUUGGUUUCAUCUCUUCCGUCGCUCUCUCUCUCUCGUCCAGCGGCAAAUUCCCAAAUUCUAAUCCCCCGCCGAGCAGAUCGCCGACAAGGUGAAGAACGGCAAGCCGAAAAAGAGCCAUCCGGUGUCUUACCACGCAGUCCCAUCUGUGGUGUACACCUACCCAGAAGUCGCUUGGGUGGGUAAGAGCGAAGAGGAACUAAAGAACGAAGGAACAGCCUACAGCGUAGCCAAGUUCCCUUUGAUGGCCAACAGUCGAGCCAGAGCAAACGAUGAGACACAAGGGUAAUUCUUGGUUUAUUGAGACGUCAACAGAACCUCAUUUUGUGUAAUCUUCUCCCACCACCACCAUCCACCAAUUUCAUCAGUCUCCUCGUUAAGCUUCUUACUCACUAACAACUCAACAGUCUCGUCAAGCUGCUCACCUCUGCCGACGACAAAAUCCUCGGCUGCCAUAUCAUCGCGCCUUAUGCUGGGGAUAUUUUGAUGCCAGCCGUCAACUCCAUGCAGUACAACAGAGAUUGCGCAGAGCUUGCGCACACAUGCUUCGCGCACCCAACGGUGUCUGAUUAUGGCUGAAAUUUUGAGUGUGUAGUCGUGUUCAUCGAAAUAGACGAUAAACAACCGUCCCAGCUCAGUAGACUAGUAAAUGCUUUGAAGCAGGAAAUUACAACUGAGCAAUAAAUACCCAGCGCAUAUGAAAGUGAGUAAACAGAAGGAGCGUAUUUGCUCAAUGUUUCCUCCAUAGGCAGAUGAGUUAAAUUACCCAACUGAUGACCCGCUCUAACCUGCAGCACUGAAGGAGACCGCCAUGAAGGCCAGCUUCGGCAACUACAUUCACAAUGUCGGCUAAGCGGAGACGGAGUCGCAAAAAGCUAACGUCGUUGACGUUAGGGAACAAGGAUUCUUAGAAUCUAGAAACGAAGACGACGUAGAACUUAGAGUGAUUAGCUCACUUUGAUGAUUCAAAUUCAACUUCAAGAACAAUAGUAUUAUCAUGAUUUUAUCAAAAAUGGAAAACAUCAACAAGGAGAGGCAGGCGAUAAUCAAUUCACUUCGUUCUCCCAUAGAAGUACUGUAAGUAGAUUAGAGUGAGGAACCACUCAGAUCACUACAAGAUACAUUUACACAUAGGAUAAUGUUAAUGCUAUCGAUAAUUAUCAUAACCUUGUGCUCGUUAUUGAUUUUCAUGUCAAGCACAGUUUGCAAAAGUUCAAGUUCAAGUAGUCUUCAUGAGAUGAAAAAAUAAUCACAGGUUGUUCAUCGUGUUCCAUAUUCAUGAUGGAUUGAUUUAGAUACAAAAAAAUAAUGACUAUCAUUCACACGAAUAUUUAGCAGCUCUCAUGGAUGGCCGUUCGUCCUCGACUUCAAGUUUAUAAUGGAGAAAGCCAGAUUCUGAACACAAUGACUUUUAUCGACGUAAACUCUUUCGAAAUUAUCUUACCAAGCGGUAAGGAUUUACAGGCAGUACAUAUUAUUAGACUGAAUCGAAAUGACCGUAGUCCCUCUGCGGCUGCACAUGUUCGCCCGAUGAUGCAGGUCACACUGUGGAAGGCGAAUCGCCUCCUAUCCUAUCCUAACCGAGUU